AUGGCGUUCGCUUCCGCCGCUUCUAUCGCCCUGGCGCCCGCCGCCACGGUCGCCUGCGUUUCGGCCAAGAACUCAGCACGAGCAGCUCCAACUGCACCUCUGGCAGUUCCGCUUUCCACAUCCUUCCGCGGGCUCCAGGUCUCUUCGACGAAGAAAUCCGCUCGGGUUACCCUUCAGCCGCUUCGCAGCAGCGUUCGAGCCAACGUGGUGACUGAGCCGGCCACCAAGAUCAACUUCCCAGUCACCCUAGCGCCUCCUGGGGGCUCCAAAGACCUCUCCCUGCUGGGAACCGGGGUGCGGGAGAAGAAGCUGGGGCCGCUGGCAGUGAAGGUGUAUGGAGUGGGCGUGUAUGCUGAGCCGCAGCUGCUGGAUGUGCUGGCGGGCUGGAAGGGCAAGCCUGCAGACAAAGCCUUCUAUGAUGCCAUCGCCUCCACGCCGUGUGAGAAGUCCAUUGUCAUCGUGUUGGCACGCAACGUGGGGUCAGACCAGUUCUGGAACGCCCUCACAGAGGAGCUCGCCCCGCGCCUCACAGCGGCUGGCGAGGGCCUGGGUGACUUGGACGCAUUUGGGCAGCUCUUUAAGGACAGGUCACUUAAGAAGAACACAGGGGUAUACAUCACCUGGCGCCAGCCGUCUACACUGCAGGUGGCAUUUGCUGACGAUGUGACUGCUGGAGGAGCUCCCUCUGCAGCUUCUGCCACUUUUGAGUCACCUGGACUUCUUGCCGCCCUCUUUGACAUCUAUCUGGGCGGGGAGCCUGUGUCACCAUCUUUGGCGUUAGAGGUCGCGAACGACAUCAGUGACUGGAGCGUUACGUUGCCCGUUCAAGACGCUUCGCAGUACGCAUCUGACGCUGUCGCCGAAUCCGCAGUUUCAGCUGCAGAAGCUUUCCGCUACCAGAUCCUGAGCAACAUGAAUCCCGAAUAUGAUUACUUGUUCAAGUUGUUGCUGAUUGGUGACUCUGGUGUCGGAAAGUCUUGCCUCCUUCUACGAUUCGCGGACGAUUCCUACCUUGAAAGCUACAUCAGUACAAUCGGAGUGGACUUUAAAAUCCGUACUGUCGAGCUCGACGGCAAGACUAUCAAGCUUCAAAUUUGGGAUACCGCAGGUCAGGAGCGUUUCAGAACGAUCACAAGUAGUUACUACCGCGGUGCUCACGGCAUCAUCGUUGUUUACGACGUCACAGAUCAGGAAAGCUUCAAUAACGUGAAGCAAUGGUUAAAUGAGAUUGACCGUUACGCCAGCGAGAACGUUAACAAGCUCUUGGUCGGAAACAAAUGCGACUUGACAAACAAAAGGGUUGUGGACUACCAGACUGCUAAGGCCUUCGCAGACGAGAUUGGCAUUCCUUUCCUAGAGACGAGUGCGAAGAACGCCACAAACGUAGAGCAGGCUUUCAUGACCAUGGCUGCUGAGAUCAAGAACAGGAUGGCGAGUCAGCCAGCCCUCGGCAACAAAGGUGGUGGUCAGACUGUGCGUCCUGGAGAAAGCAGGCCUUUGCAACAGAACAGCAACUGCUGCUAG